UUUAUUAAUACCUUAAUUAAUUGUAAUAAAAUAUAUAAAUAUUAUUUAAAGUUAUUCAAUUCUUUAAUAAAAUUAUCUUUUCAGUUAGAGAGGAAGAUUGAAAAAGUCAGAGCUAAAUAUGAUUUUGAAGGGAGUGGUGAUCCAGAUGAUUUGCCUUUUAAGAAAGGUGAAAUUUUAAGUAUUAUAACUAAAGAUGAAGAGCAAUGGUGGACAGGUAGAAAUCAUUUGGGUCAGACAGGAUCUAUACCUGUUCCAUAUGUGGAAAAGAUUGAUGAUUGUGAAGAAAAUGAAUGUUUUAUUGCUGAACAACCGUUAGAAGAUCAGUUAACUCAAGUACCUCCUCCUCCUCCAGAGCAAACAUCAGAAAAAUUAGAACCAUUUAAACAAACCAUGCCUAAUUUUCAGAGAAAACUUCCAGCUCUAGCAAGAGUUAAACAAGCUCGAGUGCCAAAUGCUUAUGACAAAACAGCUCUGAAAUUGGAGAGAAAACUUCCAGCUCUAGCAAGAGUUAAACAAGCUCGAGUGCCAAAUGCUUAUGACAAAACAGCUCUGAAAUUGGAGUUUCAGAGAAAACUUCCAGCUCUAGCAAGAGUUAAACAAGCUCGAGUGCCAAAUGCUUAUGACAAAACAGCUCUGAAAUUGGAGGUUGGAGAUAUCAUUAAAGUGACAAAGACCAACAUAAAUGGACAAUGGGAAGGCGAGCUGUGGGGCAGAGUAGGUCAUUUUCCAUUCACUCACGUCGAAUUCAUCGACUCUGACAAUCCUGAAGAAUCCACUGAAUGCUAGCUUCCAUUACCAAUCUCACUGCGAGAGUCCAUUUAGCUUUAAUAAUACUCCGUCGCAUUUAUAUUAACAAAUGAUUUGAACAUCAGUUGAGCAGUUCAGUAGUAAUUACAGUCAAUAACAGAUUUUUUAAAACAUUUAUUAAUUAAUGUAAAUAUGUUAAAUAU